UAGAUCUGUUAAAUUGAUAAAAACCAUUACGUUUAUAAAAAAGAGCAGCCAAUCGCACACAAUCUAAUAUUUCAGAAUUGCACAAAUAAUACAUCGUUCUUUAUUGUUACGUGAAGAUCAGAAAGAAUUGACGCGCAACUGUAAAAGUGUUUUGGUUGGAGAAGAACUUUACUUUUUUCUAAAAAAAAAAUAUUGUAUAUCGCGAAGAGUUUUAAUGUUAUCAGCAGCCAUUGCAAAAUGUCGAUUGAGUAGAAAAUAAAAGGCGAAAAUGAAGGAGAGCAAUAUGUUUAUAAACGACAAUUCACGAUCGAUAGAACAUAUUUUAUAUCUUAUAUCAUAUAUCUCUUGGUUCCUAGGAGUCGGCGUGGCACGUCCUCGAAAUUGUUCCAAGGCAAUGACGACAAUCAUACGUAUCGUUUAUUUGGCCGUGUAUUCAAUUAACAUGGUGUACGGCUCGAUGCACCUCUUUAAUUACGUUUUUAUUCUUGACAACCUUAUAUUCGGGAUCGUAUUCUUUAUAGCAGUUAUAAUAUGCUACGUGUCGACUUAUUACUACGUUUAUCAUGGAAUCAGCCAGUAUGACAAGUGGCCGGAACUGAUGAACAAAAUAAAGAAACUGGAUCAAAAGAUCAGAAAAGAAACAUACAUUAAUAACCAGCCAGUAAAAAACGUAGAAGUGGUAGCGAUUCUCGUGACUUUAGUUUGCUGUCUUUUAUUACUAAUCGUGUACAUAAAGCAGCUCUCUUGUACAUAUUUAAAUCAUCCUAUUAUGUCUGACUUGCUGUAUUUCUGCAUGUUAAUCCAAUCAUUGAUCAACAGUUUCGUCUUUGAUAUCGUUGUCUAUGUGCUGUAUUACAGAUUUAAAACAAUAAAUAAAUUGAUUGGCCAACUGAACGAGUUAUCCAAUGCAUCAUGGAUCGCCCUCAAGAUUAAACGCAUCAGAGAAUUGCAUUACGGCAUUUGUGAUCUUGUCGUUAUGGUAAACGAUAUUUACGGUGUAUAUCUCCUUCUCUACUCGGCGAACUGUUUCACUGUGGUCGUAGCUUCAUCAUUUAGAAUCUACGUAUAUGUUGCGAAAAAACAUGAUAUUAACUACUAUUAUAUAUUUACAAAUAUUGUUAUUUUGAUUUUGCAUGCCCUGCAAUUUUGUCUAACAUGUUGGAUUUGUACACUUGUACGUCAAGAAUCCGACAAGACCGGGAUAAUCAUAUGCGCAAUUGUACUGAAAUGCAAACCUGUGGAUCUUAAUAAAUUAAACAGAGCAAGGCAUCGAUUAAGUAUAGAGAUGCAACCGCCAUUGGAAAACCUGGACAACGAUCAAAAUUGUAAUUGGAAUAGCAACUGCAAUCUAAAUUAUGUCAUCUUAGAAAGUUUCUUACGCAUAAAUUUGGAUCGAGAUUGCGUUAGAAACGAAAUCAACGACUUUUUGAGUCAACUUCAACAUCGUCGAGUAGCAUUUACGGCUUGCGAUUUCUUUGAAAUGAGCAAUGCUCUAUUUUGCGGUGUAAGUACAAAAUUUAUUUAGUUUAUUACUAUAUAU